CAAUUAUAACAUUUAAUGAAAUUAUUUUUGUCUAUAAAGGCCGACCAACUGACGGAGGAACAGAUCGCAGAAUUCAAGGAGGCAUUCUCGCUAUUCGACAAAGAUGGAGAUGGUACUAUAACUACCAAAGAAUUAGGCACCGUUAUGCGAUCUCUUGGUCAAAAUCCCACGGAAGCUGAGCUUCAGGAUAUGAUAAACGAAGUUGAUGCAGACGGUAAUGGCACCAUCGACUUCCCGGAAUUUUUGACCAUGAUGGCACGUAAAAUGAAGGAUACUGACAGCGAAGAAGAGAUAAGAGAGGCUUUCAGAGUGUUUGAUAAAGAUGGUAAUGGUUUCAUAUCCGCGGCAGAACUUAGACACGUCAUGACAAAUCUUGGAGAAAAGCUUACCGAUGAAGAGGUUGACGAAAUGAUACGAGAGGCCGACAUUGACGGCGAUGGCCAAGUUAAUUACGAAGAAUUCGUCACAAUGAUGACAUCAAAGUGAAUGCAACCUGUAUAAUGGAAGAACUUGCGACUUGAAGUGGUGUUGACGUAUUAAAUAAAAAAGAAAGAAAAUAAAAAAAAAUUAAUAAUAAUUAAUAAAUCAAGAUGCAGAGUAUAAAAUAUAUAUGUAAAACACACAAAAUGCGAACCAACCAGAAAGUGAACAAAAAAACAACAAAACCUUAUAUCCGGAUGUGAAGUCUAUAUAUAUUAUUAAAAAAGAAUCCGCGCAGAAGGUCAACGCCCGAUACGCGUUAAUCAUCUCUCGUUGUCGAUAAGUAAAAAAAAAUACAGGGCAAAUUAACUGUUUAAUUAAAAAAAGCUAUACUGCUAAAAAUCAUUCUCUGUCGAGCAUAUAAUACUUACAAAAUACAUAACACAUACAUCUAUACUAACACGCGUAUAACACACUUAAAGAAAAUUAAAUGAAAAAAUAUACGCAUAUGACACACAUACACUGUACACAAAACACCCGCACAAUCAUUUUAUUUCCUUUUAACAACAAGAACAACAACAAUAA